GACAAGAAGGAGGAUCGCAAGAUCCAGCUGGAACAAGCCACCCUCAGGAUGAGGUUGGCCAAGGCCAUGUCUUUGGCGCACAUGCGCUUUGGCGAGAACCCGGAUCCCGCCACGGCGGCCGAAAAGGCGGCUUUGAAGGAAGGGCGGCAACUCUUGUCCGAAGUUCUGAAGGUCUCUGAGGCGCUCAACAACUCCUCUGUGAGAUACGAGUGCAUGAAGAUGAACCUGCAGGUCUGCAUCCAGGACGAAGAUGUCGUCGAAGCUCGAAAGGUCUUGUCGCAGCUCCAGGAGCGGCGAAACCCUUGA